UCACACACUUGUCUGCAAAAACCACUAGUAAAACACAAAGCUACAGUUAACAAACACCAAAACCCUAGUUCCAGUACACACUGAUUAACCCUCUCAAUGGCUUACAGUUACCGUUUUGCCAUCUGGGUCUUCUUCCUCCUCUCACUCUCCACCUUCCUCUGCCCUAGCGCAGCCACGACCCGAAAGCUCACGGCCCUCGUUAAACAACAGCCUCUGGUUCUCAAGUACCACAAGGGCCCACUUCUCGCGGGAAACGUCACCGUGAAUCUCGUAUGGUACGGUAGAUUCUCCCCCAAGCAACGGUCAAUUCUCGUUGACUUUCUUCAGUCUCUGAGCUCCGUCCACCGCCGCUCUCCACAGCCCACGGUCGCUUCGUGGUGGCACACCAUUGCGGGGUACACGGGGAAACCAUGCACCGUCGCUGUAGGGAAUCAAAUCCUCCAAGAGAGCUACUCUCUCGGGAAAACACUGACGAAAGAAAAGCUCGCGGUUUUGGCCGCAAAAGGGUGGAAGGGCGGUAAAACGACGGCGGUCAACGUCGUUUUGACUGACGGUGACGUGGCGGUGGAGGGGUUCUGCAUGAGCCGGUGCGGGAACCACGCGUCGAGUCGGGGUGGGUCGGCGUACGCGUGGGUGGGGAACCCGGGGAAGCAGUGCCCGGGACAGUGCGCGUGGCCGUUUCACCAGCCGAUUUACGGGCCGCAGACUCCGCCGUUAGUUUCGCCUAACGGCGACGUCGGGAUAGACGGAAUGGUGAUCAACUUGGCGACGGUUUUGGCGGGAACGGUGACGAAUCCGUUUAAUAACGGGUACUUCCAGGGACCAGCAGGCGCGGGCUUGGAGGCGGUGAGCGCGUGUACCGGUAUUUUCGGAAAAGGGGCGUACCCGGGUUAUCCGGGGGAGGUAGUUUUGGACAAAACGACGGGCGCGAGUUACAAUGCGGUGGGAAUUCGUGGACGGAAGUAUCUGCUUCCGGCGAUGUGGGACCCCAAGACGUCCACGUGUAAAACACUCGUCUGAGCAGUGGCGUCACGGCCUAGUGGCGCGAGUUAUGGAAGAUUAUUUGUAUAAGAUGUGGAUUAUAUAUAUAUUUUUAUUUUGUAGAAUGUGUAAUAAUAUAUGCUUUUUUUCUUUGUAAGUAUAAGAUUGUUCUACCCACUAAAAAAGAAGUAAAGGAUCUGUGGCGCAAUGGUAGCGCGUCUGACUCCAGAUCAGAAGGUUGCGUGUUCGAUUC